AGCUGACAUAGUUGGACAGUCUCAUAAUCUCAUUUCUAUUUUCUUGAUGUCAACUGUCAAGAACACGUGCACAGUACCUGUUAUUCAGUUAUUCUGUACCUCCAACAAACGAAAUAACGGAUUUUGUUUAAUUAAUUAAGCAAGAGACUGCUUAUAGACCAUGUCUUCGUGGAAGAAGGCCGCUAAGGCUAACCAGAAGACUCACAAGGAGCGUCAUCAGCCAGAAUCUAGAAAACAUUUAGGUUUACUUGAGAAGAAGAAAGAUUAUAAGAAACGAGCUGAUGAUUACCAUGAAAAGGGCGAAACUCUUAAACUUUUAAGGAAAAGGACAUUAGACAAAAAUCCUGAUGAGUUCUACUUUCAUAUGAUCAAUUCUAGAGUGAAAAAUGGGGAGCAUCAUGAAGUUGAGAAAGAAGAUGAGCACAGCAAAGAGCAGGUGAAGUUGAUGCAGACUCAGGAUCUCAAGUACAUCAAUAUGAAGAGAACCAUUGAGAGCCGCAGGAUUAACAGGCUACAGGCUCAGCUUCACAUGUCAGAUGUAGCAGAAGUGACUCCAAACACACACACAUUCUUUGUAGAAGAGGGAGAAGAGAAGAAGUUUGACCUUGCAAAGAGACUGGACACACAUCCUGCUCUAUUGGGCAGGAAAUCUAAUAGGCCUCGGCUGUCUGACUUGGAUAAAAUUACUCUGCCGGAUAUUAGUGAUGAGACCCUAGAAUCAAUGAAGAAGAAAAAACAGAAGAUUUACAGUGAGCUAUCAAAGAGGAUAGAGAGGGAGAAGGAGUUGACAGUAAUACAGCAGAAGAUGGAGUUGAAGCGUCAUCUACAGGAUGUUAAGAUUAUGAAACCGAGGAGGUUAAAACCUGGUACUAAGAGUACAGCCCCAGUGUAUCAGUUCCAGUAUAUGAGGAAGAAGUGACAUAGUGAAGUGUGUUCUAGGAUUGAAUGUGUAAGGUAUAAUAUUCUUCUGCACUUUGAAAUGCAUACAGAAACUCUAAAUAAAAGUUAUGAUCAUCAAAACAAUGUGUAUUUAAAGAAAUAAAGUGAAGGUCCUGUUACA